AUGCGAGCGUUCCUCCUCUGUUCCGCCAUCGCGGGCCUUGCCAUUGCCCAUGGCUCCCACUCUCAGAAGCCAAUUGUCGAUGCAAAUGCCAACUGGAUGACAAAACACAUGGCCGAGGAGCACCACGUCGACGGCUGGGACGCGGCCUCCUUUUUCACCCUCCACGACUACGACAGCGACGGCUACUGGCAAGGUGAAGAGCUCCUCCGCACGUACGGCCUCAUGGACGAGUCCAACAAGCACGUUUCAUGGGAACGCCGCGACGAGAUCCUGCGCGGAUUACUCGCCCUCCUUGAUUUGAACCGCGACGGCAUCGUCAGCCGCGACGAGUGGACCGACUUUACGGCGCAAGGCAAGACGCUUCCAGACAUGAACACCGGCCCGGGCCACCACGGCGACGACGAGUACGAGUAUGAGAUUCACCAUUGGGAGAAGUACCAUGAUGAAAACUCCAAGUUGGAGGACUUGAACCACCCGGAGGACAUUGAGCACUUCAAGAAGCACGAGCAGAUGGAGGAGGAGGAGGAGAGGCAAGAAAAGCUAGACCAGAUGUCCAUUGUAGUGGAGAACAUCCCCAAGAAGUUUCUGAGGGAUCUCUGA